UUCUAAUAAGAUGAUCCUUACCGUCUAAGCCACAUGGCUGGCUGGCUAGCUACCAUUGCUACGUACAUAGACUGAGGACAAGUGCUUACCAUUGACUGUGGAUUCAUAAAGAUAGAUUUGAAUAUGGCAGAACCUGAUGUAUCAUUCUUGGAAGAAGAUGAGAGAUCGGAGGAGGCCUUCCGACGGCAGCUGAGGAAGGAGCAGAGGUCCAUGAUCCAUGAUCUACAGACAAACAGAGAGGACAUUACAAUCCCUGAGAAACUCUUAAAGAAGCUGGAGAGUAUGAACAAACAUUUCUCCAAUGUUGUGGCCCCCAAGGAGGCUGCUCUUGAUGCCGAGGGUUUCCGCCUCCUCUCCUCCAUUGGCCGUGAGCAGGUGGAGGCUAUUCAAGGAGAGCAGUUGGAGUUUGACCUUGCCAAGUUUGCAGAGAAGCUAGUGACGCUAAUGUCUGGUCGUCGUGGUGAUGAGACGCUGGAUUGGUGUCAGCUGGGAGAGAAGAUCCUUUCGAAUGGAGCCUUCAGAAAACCACCAGCUCUCAACUUCUUACAUGGCGCCCUUGAUCUGGACCCCCUGAAGCAACGGCGCCAGGCCCAACGAGUCACGAAAAAAGAUACUGUACCUGUCGCGGCUACCAAACCGAAGGAGGUCAAGAACUUUUCUGAUGAAGAGGAAUCCACAACCAAAGAUGUGGCUUAUAUAUACGACCACGUUAAGAAAACCUGUGAGAAAAAAGGACGUCUGCACUACUUUAAGUUCCUCAUUGAUCCCGACUCAUUUGCUCAGUCUGUGGAGAACAUGUUCCACUUCUCAUUUCUGAUCAAAGACGGUAGAGCCGGUGUGAUGAUUGGCAAAGACAAGCAGCUCUACAUCUACAUUCCCUCUGAUGUGAAUGAGGCUGGACAGUCGACUAAGACAGAGAAGAAGCAAUUCAUUAUGUCACUGCGUAUCUGUGACUGGGAGAGGGCCAAAAUCAAGUUUGGGAUCAGAAGUGCUGCCAUUCCACAACGACAACAGUGAACCCGCUUACUCAUUCUGACAAUAAUUAUUACAAACACUCAUUUCUAGGAUGUUCAUAAACUGAACAUCAUAUGUCAACUCAUUAUCUGGCAUUUUAUUAUCAAUUUAUAUGUAAGUGAUUUCUUUCUUCAUGUGAUCAAAUUUUCAUUAUUGAUAAAACUUUUCUUCGUAAA